AGAAAUGAAAUCACACGGAUGAUUUAUCCUGGAUCGAUACUUCAAGUCUGCGGACCUCCCAUGACAGGAAAAUCCACGAUAGUGGAACAGGUCAGUGGUGUUUUGUCAUUUUUAGCGGAAUGUUAUCUGGUGUUAUCAAAAGGCAACACUGUACAUACAAAGAUUUUAUCCAAAAUUUAACGCAUGCAAUAGAAUCACUAAAUAUCUUUAGCCUGUAAUCUGUUAUAAUCAUAACUAUUUCAUUGAAAAUUACCAGCAUAUUUAUUUUUUUCCAAUGAUAGUGUUGAUUGUUUACCAAUGAUGGUAUUGAUUGUUUACCAAUGAUGGUAUUGACUGUUUACAAAUGAUGGUAUUGAUUGUUUAAAAAUGAUAAUAUGGAUUGUAGCUUUUUAUUGAUGGAGAUCAAUUGGUAACUGCUGUUAAUAAGACAUUUGUCUCCACAUAAAUUGGUAACUGCUGUUAAUAAGACAUUUUUUUCAACCAAUUGAAAACUGCUGUCAAUAAAGCAUUUGUCUGCACAACCACUUGGAAACUGCUGUAAGUAAACCAUUUGUCUUUCAUCAAACACUGGCUUUAUGAGUCUGUUUUUAAAGGCUUUCAAGAUUCACGACCGUCUCCUCUUUGAAUUAGGGCAUUAAAAACAAGGGAAUCUAUUUAGGAAAGAGCAAUAUUUUGAACAGAGUGGCAUUUAAUAAUUAGACCAUUCCAUGGUUAGUAGACAUUGUUUCAUUUAAAAAGAAUCUCCAGACUACAUUCGAUAAUCCUUAGUUUCAUUCAGUGACCUGACAUCCUACAAAAGUUGUGCUUUUCUUACAGGCUAUAGACGACAUGAGAGAGAUAGAGGGACAUAGGUCAGCAUCCAAUCGGGGAGCAAUCAUCUAUCAUCCCAUUUUGUGUCGUGGACUCAUCUCUCUGCAGGAUAUUUUAUCAGCUGUCAUGAGAAAAUUAAAACCUGGAACUUUUAACGGAAACAUCGAAUGGGACGUAGGAUAUGUGCUCCAGGAAAUACUAUCUUUAUUAGAACUUUGUAGCAGUCACCACAACGUUUUUGUGUUUCAUAAAUGUGAACAUUUGAGAACCUCUGGAAGGGACCACGAGUUUCUGAUCUUCCUGUCUCACUUGGCGAACACGUUUAUGAGCUUAAAUUUUAAAGUAAGCGUUGUGUUUACAACAUACAAGAAGUUUCCAAUCUCAGGACGUAGUACUGAAUAUGUUCAUGUGGGAAUGUUGACUGACCAAUGGGACAUUCUCAACCUCCUAAAAUAUUACGCGCCUGGCGUACACGUAAGUGACUGUGUUUACAUCUGCCACAAGUUUCUUUGUCUUCCGGAAUGUGUUAUUCGACUGGCGGAAGAAUAUCUGGUCAAAGACACAUACAUCCCGACGCCUGAGCAAUUGGAAAAAAUUGUGUGUUGUGAUGUAGACUUCCAUGCUCUGACCUUUGAAAAGAGAGUCGCAGAGGUUGUACAAUGGCUGUCCAAGAGUGACGUAGAAUUGUUGUGGCAAUUCUGUUCUUCUCUUGAUGUUACAUUUACAGAGGGUAAAUAUAUUUGUAUAUUUUAA